AUAAAUAUCCAACAACUUUGCAAGUGGAGCCAAAAACUUAAAAAAAAAAAUGGCAUCAAAUUCUACAGAGCCUACAGCUUCAAAAAUUGUUGCUAAGCUAAACUUGAAGGUACAUCCAGAAGGGGGAUUUUACUCAGAAACAUUUAGAGAUAACUCAGUUAUUCUCUCCAGAUCUCAUCUUCCAUCUACAUAUAAGGUUGAUCGACCUAUCAGUACAUGCAUCUACUUCUUGCUACCUUCUGGAAGCGCGUCUCAUCUUCACCGGAUACCUUGUGCAGAAACAUGGCAUUUUUACAUGGGAGAGCCAAUCACUGUGAUGGAACUAAACGAAACUGAUGGCAAGGUGAAGUUAACUUGCAUUGGACCCGAUCCCCUCGUAGAUGAUCAAUUCGUGCAGUAUACAGUACCUCCAAAUGUAUGGUUUGGUGCAUUUCCCACGAAGGAUUACAACAUAUCUUCCGAUAUGCAAGUAACAAAAGCACCUACAAGAGAUGGUGAGAAACAUUUCUCUCUAGUUGGAUGCACUUGUGCUCCAGCAUUCCAGUUUGAAGAUUUUGAAUUAGCAAAACGUUCUGAUCUUGUCUCGCGUUUUCCUGCCCACGAAUCCCUUGUCUCUUUGCUAGCCUUCCCUGAUCUGUGAGAGAUAUGUACUCAAUGGCGGAUCUAGAGCAUAAUCUACGGGUUUUACAGAACCUAGUAGCUUUCUCGCGGACCUUGUAAAAUAUCUAUAUAUAUUUGAUUCUUGUUUCCUGUUUCAUCUUAUUACUUGUGUGUUAUUUGUUCAGAGUGGCAAUAAAAGGCAAUGAGUAAAGUUAUUUUUGUGUAA